UCCAUUAUCAGAAGCUUCAAACACAAUCUUCAGCUCAGAUACCCUAGCAGAAGAAAGAUGGUUCUUCCCCAGAACAAGCAAAUCGGUCCUCGUAAACGUCCGGCGAAAUUGAAAACUGGAUUCGUUACUCCGUUUGCUCCGCCCAACAAAAUUCCCAAAUCCGCUGUCGCAAACGAGGAAAAUGUUCCGCAAACAGCUUCGGAAUCGGAAGCGCCAAAGUUAAGACAGUCACAAACUGUAAAUUCGAUUGAGAAAAUGAUUUCAGUUCUAGCGGAUGCCGGCUGUACACUGAUCAACCCCUCGGGCCCGCCCUGUCUACCGUCUGAUCUACAUAAGCUUCGGAACCAAUUAAACAGUCUCUUCUCAUCCGAUUCUUCUCUAAAGUCUGAGUUCCUCCUGGGUCUCUCGUCUUACGUCAACUCUCCCAGUAACCUUCGGCGCAUUUUAUCACCUUCAAAACGAGAUGGACUUGGAUCAGUACGAAGUGACAGCCUGGCAAGAGUACUGCUACUGAUUCCUGCAGUCCAGUCAGACAUUCAAAACUUGCUGCUCGAAAAGCUUCCUGAGUAUUUUGAUGUGGACCCUGCCGGAAAUAUUGGAGGGAGAUCAUCUUCUUUAUGUCUUGAAGAGGACAUAGCAAGGUUGAUCCUUAACCAAUUCCGGUGGCUUGACUUCCUUGUAGAUUCAGAAGCAUUUACAGAAAAACUGUUUCAAGUGUUAUCUAUUUGCCCGGUUCAUUUGAAGAAGGAGAUAAUUGGGUCCUUGCCCGAGAUUAUUGGGGAGAAAAACAACAAAACUGUUGUAGAUUCGCUUCAGGAGAUGCUUCAAGAGGAUUCUUCCAUAAUUGUUCCCAUGCUUGAUUGUUUCUCUAACCUUCAUUUGGAUGAUAUGUUGCAAGAACAGGUCAUUACAGUGGCGUUAUCUUGUAUCCGAACUAUUGAUGCGGAGCAUAUGCCCUACCUAUUGAGAUUCUUACUGCUUUUGGCUACACCAACCAAUACUCGUAGGAUUAUUUCACACAUCCGACAUCAACUGAAACUUGUUGGAGCAUCAAACGUUUGGACCUCACAACAGAGUAAGAUGAAGGGAAAGUCAGUCGUCAACAAUACAGAAGCUUCAAUACUUGAUGCCUUGCGAACAAGUCUUCGAUUUAAUAAAGUAAUUUGCCAAGAGACAUUGAAUGAACUGAAAAGCCUAGAGAAAGUUCAGGAUCAUAAGGUCAUAGACAUAUGGUUGCUUACGCUUAUAUACAUGAACAACGAGCCUUUACAAAAGAUUGUUGAGAAGUUACUGAAGAAGAAAAUUCUUGAGGGCUGUAUUGUGGAAACUAUGUUUGAUCAAUGUGUUUCUGGGAAUACGGAUUUGACUCGGGAUUAUCUUCCUACCCUCCUUUCCAUUUCUGAGUACUUACUGGCUUGCAAAGAAGAUAAAGUACGGGAAUUCGGCGUUCGCAUGUACACAAAUCUGUUCAAAGAGCUUGUGGAUAGUUAUUCAAGGCAGGAAGUCCUUGGAGCAUUAAUUACUCAUGUGGGUUCUGGGAUAAGUCAUGAAGUGAGUUCUGCUAUGGAUGUGAUGGUCCUCCUAGCCUCGAAGUACUCACAGGAGUUGAUUCCACUUUCUUCUCAUAUAACUGGCAUCCUAGAUUACUUGGAGACAUUUAGUAGUGAAAACCUGCAUAAGGUGUAUGAAGUCUUCAGCCUUCUGGCAUUUUCUGCUGAAGUGAGUACUGGGCCCGUUGGAUCUCCUAUUUCAAAUGAACUACUAGUGAUUGUGAGAAAGCAGUUGAGUCAUCCUGAUCUUACUUAUAAGAAGAUGGGCUUAAUUGGAACUCUUAAGAUAGUAUCCUACCUUGGGGAUGCAAAAACUACGAAGCAUCUUCCAUCAUCUCAGAAGUCAAAUUAUGAGGAAGCUUUGGAGCUCUUGGAAACAUCUAUGAACUCUUGCAAGCAGCUACCACUUCCAUUAAUUAUGUUUUAUGAUGAACUGGCUUUAGCAUUGAAGAAAAAAGCACUUCAUCCAGCCAUAGUGGAAUGGACAAGCAAACAUGUUGGGGACUUCGAAUCAAAGUUUUUGUGUGACCUCGAUGGUGGGGAGCUUAUGGUCAAAGACUUAUAUUGUGGUUUGGAAGGAGACUUAUGGAUGAACCUCGACGGAGACAUAUCUCCUAUAUGUCUCAAUAUCUUGCCACUUGUAUCCUCUUCUUUGCGGGCUGCUUCAUCACUGCAAAUUCUUCCUGCAAACUUUGUUUUGCUAUCUUCAAUUGAGGGGUUGGCGAAUCAAGGAUCUCUUGCAGGAAUUGAUGCACUUCUUGGCUGUCCUAUACACCUUCCUUCCUCUAAGUUCUUCCGUGAACCACUUUGGGGCUCUUUAAGUGGAAAGCAAAAGCAAAUCAUGAUUCUAUCAUUGUACUAUGCUGCCAAUUGGCUGCGGGAACUGCUCAAUGCCUUCUGUACUCAAGCUGUCGAUGAGUGCAAUGCAGUCAGUCAAGCAACAAGAGAGGAGAUAACUCUUAAACUAUUUAAGCGGUUGAGGAACCUUGUAUUUCUGGAGAGCUUGCUAAACAUUUCCCUCAAACAAUGCUCUUUUUCCUUACCUGAACUCCAACCUCAUUCGGAGUCCUUGUCGCCGAACCAACUUGAUCAUAAUAGAGAUCAGGAGAUGAAGAAUGAGAGUGGUAAUGGUAACGUUGGUCUAUCACAAAAGAAGAAGAAAGAGAAGAAGAACAGCCAAGCAUCACUUACUGAUGGAAAACUUAGGCAGCCAACCAUCAUGGAUGUUUUGAGGAAAGCAGGUGCAGUUCCAACCCAGGAACCAAGCACCGGUCCUUCUGGAACGUGUUCUAAAGGUAGUGCACCCGAGCCAUCAGUGAAUCAGCCACGUAAUAUUAAUAUGUCAGCGAAUGUAGAUGUUUCUACUGCUGUGGAGCAUGUCGAAGCACAAAGACACAAAUUCAGGCCUCUUUUGCUGGAUUGCUUUGCUAUCUUAGCUUUUCAGAAGACUCAGGAUUCCUGCUGUGCAGAUCCAGCUUAUGAGUUGCCCCUUUGUCUAUAUUUUCUGAGGGAUCUAAACAAAAAGCUGGACUACUGCAGUCCACGAAGGCAUAUAUUGGUUAGACGCAUGAGUGUUCCUCCUGCUUUUGGUGAGAUGAAAGUAAUAGAGUUCAUAAGCAAAAUUCAGCCACUAUUUCCUUCCCUUAGAAGACAUUUGGAUUCUGCAGUAUCUGGUGUUAGAAAAGAUACAGACACAUGCCCAGAUCAUUGGAGAACUCAUUCUGCCUUUGCUGGAAAUCCUGAUAUACCCAACAUUACAAGCUUUAGACCAUCAGGUUCUAGAUCUGUCAUAAAAGAGACACUUCAAUGCUUUGGCAAGAUGUUAAACAUACCUAAUGUUCAGAGAGACAGGUCAGUACUUUCUGAUCUUCUGGAGGCAUUACAGCCAAUCAGCAUUUUAGACUGCUUUUUCGAAGGCAUGCAAUUGAAUCCAUCACCAGGAGAUAUAGGUUAUUUAUAUGCUGGUGCAUAUUUAUUUGUUGGGAAUAUAUUUGAUGCGGCAUGUGCUGUUUCAUUUGCUUUGGCUUCCGAAGUAUUGUUAAGCUUGGAAUCAGUACUUGUGUCUUUCCGGGCUAUCCUAGAUAACGAUCUCAACGAUAUUGGAAAAGAUAUUCGUACAGGUUUUUCAAAAGAGCUACUUUCUUUUCUGUCCAAGAAGCUGGGGACUUCUGCUUACAAACUCUUGAUGCAAAAGUGUGAUGGUGUUAAUGACACUGAAGAUGGUCAGAAAGUCAAAGCAGAGGUAAUUCAAAAGCUUUUACGAAUUUACUUGGAAAAUUGCCAGUCCACUUCCGAUUCCCUAAGUGAGCUUGCCUGCUCUGUUUUGCCCCAGGUUUCAUCACACAGAUCUGCAUUGGAGGAUGGCUGUUGUUUUCCUACUCUCUGUCCUGCAACAUUUUACAUUUGGUACCGGGUAUUGCAUGAAGAGAACCUUGCCAUGAUUAACCGCUUGGUAAAGGAAAUUUCACUCCUGGAGAAAGCCAGGGGUGGUGGUGAAGUGGAAGAUGUCAAAUGCCUUCUGAAGAAACUACAACAAUCUGUUAAUGUGGUUGUAUCUUUAGUCAAUUUGUGCAAGACCCAUGAUAAGGUCAACGUCCGUGCAAUUGCUGUCAAGUUUGGUGGGAAGUUUGUUGACUCUUUCCUCAAAGGUUUUGGCUUCUUACAGGGGCAAUUUGAAUUGCACCGUGAGCAAAUAAUUCAGAUGGUUAGAGAGCUUCAGACAGCAACGAGAACUAUCCAGACGCUUUGUUCAGACGCAAAGGGCAUGAAACAAACAGCAAUAACUAGCAAAAUCCCCAUCACCAAGAGAUCUAUGGAGCGGUUCUUAUUUCGUGUUAAGGAACUUCUUCACUCAACGUCAAGUGGAUGCACUUUUUGGAUGGGCAAUCUGAAGCAUAAAAAUUUGAUGGGGGAUGUAGUUAGCUCCCAAGCAUAUGUAGAUGAUCAAAAAGACAAUAUGGACAAUGUUUCAACAGAAAAUAUGGAUAUAGAUGAACCCACAGAUAUUGCUGGUGAAUGAGGACCUAAUUAAUUCAAGCAACAAGAGCUGACCGAGAAAAUAUCUCUGACACAGCCACAGUCAACUCAAGAUAUUAUGGUGAGGUCUAUUGAUUUCUAACUCUUGCCUAAUAUGUAUGUCAAUGAUCGGUGGGUGGGUGGAUCCUUAGGAACUUGCCCAGCCUUGAGUUGUACGACUCUGCAUUUGCUCUAUAUUCCAUCCUUCACACCUCAUGCUUGGUAUAGCCCAUCUGAGAAGUGAUGGAAUAGGCAUAAGU